AUGAACGGACUUAGAAUUGCCGCAAGGGUCCAGCCAGCUCGUCAAACAAUCAUAUUUUUACAUGGACUAGGUGAUACUGGUUCAGGGUGGGGAUUUUUCGCUCAAUACUUACAACAGCGGGACCCUACCUCCUUCCAGCACACAAACUUUGUAUUUCCCAAUGCUCCAGAGGUCCAUGUGACAGCAAACGGUGGUGCAUUGAUGCCUGCUUGGUUUGACAUUCUAGAGUGGGAUUCUAGUUUUUCCAAAGUUGAUAGCGAUGGAUUCAUGAAUUCCUUAAAUGCCAUUGAAAAGACGGUUAAACAGGAAAUUGACAAGGGCAUUAAACCGGAACAGAUCAUCAUUGGGGGGUUCUCUCAAGGUGCUGCAUUGGCCCUGGCAUCAUCCGUCACUUUACCAUGGAAAGUCGCCGGUAUAGUCGCACUAUCGGGUUUUGGUUACAUUCCGGGAAUCUUGAAACAACACAAGAACGAUCUCAACGUCAAGACACCCAUUUUUCACGGACAUGGCGAUAUGGAUCCAGUUGUACCUAUAGCACUUGGCUUGAGCGCAAAAAAAUUCUACCAAGACACCUGCGGGGUACAGGAUUAUGAGUUUAAGAUUUAUAGUGGUAUGGCACAUUCUACAGUUCCUGAGGAACUGGACGACUUAACUGCCUUCCUUAAGAAAUGCCUAUCUUUAUAG